ACUGUUUUGAAUUAUAUUGGGGACUGUGUGUUUUGACACUCGGAGUAUUCUCUAAAGCCAAGGCAAUUAUGUAGUCACUCUCACCAUACUGUGCUCAAUAUAAGUCUACAUAGCAGCAGGUAGCAGGUUGUGUGUAGUUGUAGACGAAGCAGAAACGUAUCAGUAUUCAUAGUCACUGUGUACUGAGAACGCCGGAUUUUGUUCUGUGUGCUUUGGUGGUAUUCCCAUCAACAUGGACUAUAAUGACGAGGAUGACUUUGCCGCUGCCUCAAAGUACAUGAGGUCCUCUACUUUGAAGUUGGAUAAUGACAAAAAGCUGAAACUGUACGGAUUGUACAAGCAGGGCACUGAAGGUGAUUGUCAUACUUCUAAACCUGGCCUGUUGGAAAUGACCGGCAGAGCUAAGUGGACAGCAUGGAAUGACUUGAAGGGACUUGCCAAGAAUAUUGCUAUGGCUCAGUAUGUCGACUUUGUCACUUCGCUUGAUGACAGCUGGCGAGAGAAGGAGGUGUCGGAAGCAGCUGCUGGAUCGACUGGAGGCCAAGAAUCAACUCCUUUUGGUGCUCCUUCAGUGAGUACAAUGGUUGUGGAGGGUGACCAUCCGAAGAAAACUGAUGCUGAGAAGACAGUGAUGGAGUUUGUUGCCGAUGACAAUGUGGACCGUGUCUUGGAGCUGGUUACGGCAGAUCCUGCUCGUCUGGCCGCAAGAGAUGAUAUGGGCAUGACCGCACUGCAUUGGGCAUGUGAUCGUGGCAAUGAACAGAUGAUCAACGCAUUACUGGAGCACGGUUCCGAUAUCAAUGCACAGGAUGUCGAGGGACAGACGCCUCUCCACUAUGUUGUUACGUGCGACCAUGUCAACCUAGUCCCGCUGCUGCUGGGCAAGGGUGCCAAUGCCGCUCUUGUAGACUCGGAUGGAUCAACGCCAGUGGCCGUAGCCGAUUCCAAAGAAAUGCGGGCAGCGCUCAAGGCGUGCGGCUUAUAGCUCAGGGACAAUUUUAUUUCCUAGUGUAUGUGGGCGGGUGUUUUUUUUUUAGAAUAGCUUUUAGCUUUAGCUUUUUUCAGGUUUACAUGAUUAGGGUCCGGUUUUACUUCCACGUAUGAACAUGUUUCAUCGCUUGUGCAAGCCAGGAGCCUGUAAUAUCACUCGCAAACUGUGCUUUGCCGUGAACAGUUUAAAAAAGGGCGCAUCAAAGCCACGCCGCGCAGUGCUGCAGGUCUAUUUCUUUACACACUGUCCCUUUUUGUGGGUUUUUUUUCUUCCGUUCAACAUGGAUCCUUGCCAUCAAAAGCUCAUGUUAGCGCAAUGCACCGGCGCGCCGCUGUGGCUAGAACUCAGAAGGGUAGUUCUACCCCGCAUCAUUUGAAAGAAACUACAUGAUCGUGAAGAAAAUGUUACCCUAGCACAUGGUCAUGAACCAUAUUGGAUAAAUCUAAAUAGAAUAUUACUUUCAAAAUAUUGAUCUACAAUGACAUCUUCUAUUCUGAAUUGAUCUCAUGAAAUACAUGUACAAGAAGAGCAUGGCUAUGUUUUGUACUGUUUUGAAUUGAAUGAAGCAAUCAAAUGCAAUUUCUA